AUGGCGGUCGACGCAGUGGACGCUGACAAUGCGCUUGUCGAGGGCAUAGCAUCGCUUGAACAGUAUCUAGACGAUCAGGAACGCUCUUGCAAUCAGCUCAAGAAGGGAUUCCUAUUGCUGACAAAAGCCAGGAUGCUACUUCCGCCGCACACGCUGAGUGAGAUCUCGUACCACGAAGAGAGCGAGGCGUCGAUUGUGGUGACAGUGGACUGGGACGGAAAGUGGCGACUGCAAGACGCGUCGGAGGCAAAGAGGCAGAAGGUGGACGAGAAACGCAGAGGCGCGACGCUCGUGCACCGUCGAAAAGCAGGACCGAGCAACGAGGAAGCGAAACGAGAUGGUGCAGAGAGCAGCAAAAGUACAGGGGUAGACUCGGAUACGCUACUCUGGUUUAGUUCACUUCCGCCAAGUGAUCUCCGCGAAGCGAAGAAGCAGUUUUCGAGUGGAUUGCAAGCUUUGCUGGUGGCAGCAGCUUCUGCGCAACAGGUGCAGAAAGCGGUUCGUGAUGUCGCGACGAAGAGCAACGAGCUGUAUGAAUAA